GUUCGCAAUGAAUUUUACAAAGACACACAGGGUGUUCUCCUCGUGUUUGAUGUUUCCAGUCAACAGAGUUUUGAUAGUUUGCAAUCAUGGCUGAAUGAAAUGAAGAAAGAGAUAGGAGACCCCACAGAUAUGGACAAAGUUGUCUUCGUUGUCUGUGCUAACAAAGUAAAGUUUAUCAAGAUCAAUUUGUAGAAAAUCAACUAAAAGUCGAUGACUGUCAGAAAUUUGCAGUAUAUCCUAUAGAGUAUUUGCAGAGAGAGGAAAUUUAAUUAAUUUUACUAUUAAUUUUACAAUGUUACUAUAAACUAUUAAACCACAAGGCACUUAUAAUCUUGUAAAUCAGAAUUAUUGUAUGAUUCUGUAUGGGGCAAACAGAAGCAUACGGUCAUCCAACUGAUAUCGCUGUUAAAUGCAUUGCCAUUUGGGUUAAUAUUUCAAAUAAUAUGUUACUUGUAGCUGUUGGGGCCGGUGUCUAAUAUAUCAGACGUUAAUAUUAAUGGUUUUUAAAAUAUUGAAUAUUCAAUGAAUUAAAGUUGCAUGAUUUUGCAUCUUCCAGACAGAUAAAACAAGGGUGGUUGAUGAAAACACUGGUCGAAUAUGGGCAAACAAUUGUGGUUUUUAUUACUUUGAAACCUCUGCACAGACUGGUGAUGGUGUAAACAAAAUGUUUCAG